AUGAAAUUCAAACCACUAGCAAUGACAAACCCAUCAUUCUCCACAAUCCUCAUCCUCCUCCUCCUCUCCAUAACCCUAGCCCUCUCAUGGCCCGACCCAUCCCUCGACCGGCACUUCAAACUCCUCGCCAAUUCCCGAAACUCAACCCUCACCAAGCUCCAAAUCUACAUCCACGCCGACUUUCUCGUCCACUCCAAAACCCAGACAGUCUUUGAGGUGGCCUCGUGUGACAUCACCGCCGAGUCGCCAGGGUUCUACGGGCGAGUCUACGUCAUAGACAACCCGCUCACCGUCACGGCGGAUCCCGGCUCGGAGUACCUCGGCCGGUACCAAGGGACCAACGUCUACUCCGAUUUUCGUGAGCCGGCCGCCAACAUGAACAUGGCUAUGACUUUCGAGGGCGGGAUUUACGAGGGGAGCACGAUUAGUAUUUUCGGGAGGCAGCCCGUGAACGAGGAGGUUCGGGUGUUGUCGGUGGUGGGUGGGACUGGGAUUUUCCGGCUGGCGAAGGGAGUCGUGCUGGCGAGAACCGUGUCGCUUGAUUCGAUUACGAAGGUGGGACAUUACGUGUACGUUAUCUACGUGUUGACUCCGGCGGCGGCAGCCGGAGGGGAUGUGGCGGCGGCCGCCUAG